GUGUUUGUGUGUGUGUAUGCACAUGCACGCUAGCUUCAGCAACUGAUGUGAAGUUGUUUUGUAGGCUUCAUUAGUUCAUUUAGAGAUGCAUUUAAAAAGUAUAGAAGAAUAUCAAUUAAAUUUACUUGGCAUUAAAGUAAAAGUACUCAUUUUGCUGAAAAAAUGGAAUGUGACUGGUAUAUUAAGUACAUGUAAUUACAAAUUACUUUAAUAAAAAUAAGUCUGGUAACCACUGAAAGUUUAAUCUUUAUUUAUAAACUAAUUAUGCUAUUUGAUGUAAAAAAAAUAAUAAUCUGAAAAGUAAUAACUACUAAAGCUAUCAAUAAAUGAAGUGAGCCAAAGUUUCUGUUCCUGCCACCCUCUUUAUUGGUUUGCACUUAAUCAGGCUGGAUCAGAUGUACCUGAGAGAGAACAUAAGACAUCAUUAAUUAACUGUUAUUUAUUUCAGUGAACUUUUAUAAAGGCCGCUAGAAGAUCCCUGAAGGUUUUGUUUUUAGAUAAUUUAACUUAUUGCCAAUACUCAAAUUUCAGUACUGUGCAGUUCAGUUUUUACUUUGAUCUUAUAAAAAAAUCAGGGAGCCAUUUCAUUUUCAUUGAACUUUAAGAGAUCUCUGCACUUUGUGUUUUUUAUAUAAUAAAACAACCAACCAUUUCAACCAAGAUUUGCGUCAGAGUUUGUGUUAUUCUACAAAAGUUUAAGGUCUUUUUAUCACAGAUUUUCAGUGUACAAAAACAAACAAACAGUAUACUAAUCCCAGGUGUGUUAUUCUAAAUUUUGACACCAAAAUUUUAUUUUAUACUGCAAAUGAAUAUCGGUUCUAAAUAACGGAUAUCGGUUUCCUUGACUACUAAUAAUCGGUAUUGGUUAUCGGUUUCCUUGACUACUAAUAAUCGGUAUCGGUAUCAGCCCUAAAAAAAACCCCAUAUCGGUCGAUCCCUAAUGUGGAUGAUUUUAUCUCCAGCUCAGCUACUGUGAACGAGGCCUUUUCAGUCACCACAACAGCAAAGGUAAAUUCUGUCCCAUGCUGGACAAAUGCACUGGAGCUGAGAGCCAAGUGGAUAGAAAGUGGACUGGAACAUACAACCGAGACAGACAAAAGUGGAAAUGUGCUCAAGGUGUUGGGUUUAGUAUGUAGACCAGAGAGCGAUGACUUUGUGUUUGAUCUGAAAGGACUAUUGGAAAUGUUGAAAGGCAAAGAAAACACAAAGAGAAGUGUGCUGCAAACAUCAGCUCAUAUUUUUGUUCCCAUAGGUUUCCUAACUCCCUUCACCAUAAGAGUAAAAUGUCUGUUUCAAGAAUUGUGGGAAAGGGGAAUCAGUUGGGAUGAGCAACUCCCACCAGGCUUGACUGAAAAAUGGGACCAGUGGUGUGCAAAGCUGCCGAAGCGCCACCUGGUGGCCAUUCCGAGAUGGCAUAAAAUUGACAUCCAGCCAAUCUCCGAGACAAUCAAACUGCAUGUUUACUGUGAUGCUAAUGAGAAGGCAUACAGCGCUGUGGCCUAUCUGCAAGGACAAAAUGAGGAAGGAGAAGUUGUGACAAGCUUUGUUGCAUCCAAGUCAAAGGUGGCUCCAUUAAAGAAAAUGACAUUACCACGUUUAGAGCUGAUGGGUGCACUGAUCGGUGCAAGGCUUGGGAACAAUCUUCUCAAGCCACUGGACAUGGAAACCAGUCAGCUUAACAUGUGGACAGAUUCAAUGAUUGUCUUUCACUGGAUACGCAGCACAGCACAAAGGUGGAAGCCAUUUGUGGCAAACAGAGUGACUGAAAUACAAGGUCUGACAGAUCCAGAGUCAUGGUCUCACUGCUGUGGCAAAAUAAAUCCUGCGGAUUUGCCAACUAGAGGCCAGAGCGUCGAAACACUCAUUCAGAGUCAGCUGUGGUGAAGCGGACCAACUCCACUGUCAUCUCCUGGUGAGGUAGAAAGUUUUGAUGAGGACUGUGUUGUUCACGACAUAAACUCUGAGCUUAGGUCUACAUUUCAGACUGUCGCAUUAAAAAUCUGUCUCGCGAGAUUUGUGAGCUAUCCAAACUUCUAUUUGUGACCUGUGGGGGCAGUAAUGCGCCUUUGCUACGUCUAGCCUGCCAGAACCUAAAGAAGGAGAAGGAAAAGAAGAAGAGGAGGAGAAGGAAGCAGAGUGGAAUCAGCCAGAAUGACGUCGGAAAAUACCGGUAUUACCAUUGAAGAUGCCCCCGCCACUUUCAAAUCGUUUGUUUGGCAGCAUUUUGGGUACCCGGCGGAAAUGAUAAAUGGCAGUAGAGUGACUGAUAAGACACGGACAAUAUGCAAGCAUUGUAUGAAAAUAAUGCCGUACACCGCGGCUAAUACGAGCACGAUGCAGAGACAUAUACAGCACCACCACAGCUCGGUACUCAAAUCAACAACUGCACCUGUGAAGAAAACACUAACAGGCCAGACAACGCUGACAAACGCAUUCGGACCUCAACUUCCACAGUCAAGCACCAGAGCCACAACAAUAACAAGAGACAUAGGUGUUUUCAUCACAGCAGAUAUGAGGCUAUUUUCUGUGGUAGAAAAUCAAGGAUUUCGGCGACUCAUCCACACACUGGAACCGAAAUACACCAUCCCAUCACGCACGCAUUUUACCCGCACAGUGAUCCCGAACCUCUAUGGAGAGUCCAAGAGCAAGGUUGUACAGAUCCUGAAAGACGCAGAAAGCAUCGCCAUAACAACAGACGGUUGGACAUUGAGAGGUACGCAAAGCUACAUCACAAUUACAGCCCACACAAUCAACAAUGACUGGAAAAUGGAAAGUGUUGUACUACAGACUUGCCCACUUUUCUAGUCCCACACAGGGGCAAACAUAGCUGAGGUUUUACAGACAGCUGUUACUGACUGGGAGCUUAAAAAACCCAACCACAGCAUCGCUAUUGUUACUGACAAUGCACGUAAUAUGGACGUGGCCGUGCGCGAGGCGGGAUUGAAGCCGCACAUUAAGUGUUUUGCGCACACUAUAAAUCUUGCAACCCAAGCUGGCCUCGGUGUUCCCCGCGUCGCUCGUUUGCUCGGGCAGGUGAGACGUGUGGCUGCUUUUUUUCAUCGGAGUUCAACGGCUACCGCGGUGUUAAUGUCCAAGCAGAAACAGCUACAAUUGCCAUCACACAAGUUAAUCAUGGACGUUACGACGCCAUGGAACAGCACGUUGGAUAUGCUGGCUUGUUACCUCGAGCAGCAAGCUGCCAUAGCAGCAGCUCUCACCAGCCCAGAGAUAAGACAAAAUGCCCGAAGCAUUGAUACACUUGACAGCUGCGAUGUCAGAGAUGCUGAAGACCUUGUGAAGCUGCUGCAUCCUUUGAAGACAGCCACCACAGUGUUGUGUGAGGAGAAGAGUCCCACAGUGUCUCUCAUUGUGCCACUGAAGAGCAUGAUUGAACAGAACAUGACACCAAAUGAUGGAGAUUCCACCACCGUGGCCAACACAAAGACUGCAAUCCUCACGAAUAUUGCAAACAGAUACAGUGGGGAUGCCUUCAACUAUCUGCUGGAGUGCACGGUACUGGACCCAAGGUUCCGGACUCUACCUCAGCUAGACCAUGACCAGCGUGAGGCCGUCUUCCUGAGGGUACAGAACAAGGCAGAACAGUUGCUGCAAAAACAGACCACAGCUGAGGAGAGGGAAGAAGGGGCAGCAGGUGGAGCUCACUGUCCCACACACGGUAGAGAGGAGGCUGUGAGAGAUGAUGAGCCCGAAGUGACAGAACCUGCUCCCAUAAAGACAGCACUUGAGGACCUGUUAGGGAACUCUUUUUCUACUGAGCCAGAGGAGUCCAACAGUUCAAAACAGGCUGAGAGGGAAGUUGAAAACUACAGAAAAGAGGCCUCUAUCCCUCUCAGUGGCUGCCCUCUGAAGUGGUGGCAAGAACACUGCUCCCAAUAUCCUUUGCUGUCUCACCUUGCCAAAGCGUGCCUUUCUGUCCCUGCUACCUCCGUUCCAAGUGAGCGCAUCUUUUCAACAGCAGGAGACAUAGUCAAUGCGCAAAGAUCCCAACUGCUGCCAGAGAAUGUGGACAUGCUAAUAUUCUUAAAAAAGAACAUGGCUGUGUAGUUGCAGCAAGUUGUCAGUGACAUACUUGGUCAGGCUCUGUUUGCACUAUUUGCACUCUGUAUUGACAGAGUAGAACUUUGAUUUGGUUUUGCACAUAAUAUUGUUUGCACUUGAAAAAAAGAAAGAAAUAUUUAAUUUUAUUUAUUUUAUUUUAACUUUUAUAAAUUUUAGUUUUAGUUUCAAUUUGUGGAAGAAGUUUAUUAAAAGCUCAUGCUUACAUCAUGCAUGUAAAGAGUUAUAAUAAAACAUUUCAAAAUGCAUGUGCAACUCUAUUAAAUAAAAGUCUGUUGGUCCAGUCAUAUAUUUUGUCAUUGUAGUUUUCUUAAAAUCUCGUCUCGUUCUCGUGAACCCAAUAUCGUGUCUCGUCUCGUCUCGUGAGCUGAGUGUAUCGUCACACCCCUACUGAACAAGCUUACCCACUGUUAGACUAAAAGUAUAGCAGGUUGAAAACAGUGCUAAGAAUAACUGCUUGGGUGAAAAGGUUCAUCACUAAUGCCAGAUCUAGUCAGAAAACUCAGGGAGAGCUAACUGCACAGGAGCUCACUGCAGCAGAAAUGUACUGGGUGGGGGUGGCACAAGAGCACAGUUUCAGCCAAGAAGUUAGUGCAUUGAAAGCUGGACAAGAUGUUAGCAGAGUGUCAACAAUAAGGGACUUUAAACCAUUCUUAGAUGAAAACAGUCGUAUUUGUGUAGGAGGCAGGCUACAGCACUCCAAUCUUAGCUUCAGGGAGCAACACCCAUGGGUGCUGCCUACAAAACACAAGAUAAGAUAAGAUACACCUUUAUUGAUCCCAUAA